GCUGUUCCAUGGAGUCUACAGCGUGGGCUCAUCGCCAAGUUCGACGAGGAGCUGCGCACGCCCGGCAGAGAACGUCUACCUCGAGAAUUGCAGGCGUGCGUGGUCUGUGCUCGCUUGUUAUGGAAAGACACCUUAUCUCGGGUGAUACUGUUUCCUGACAUGGAUGACCCGGAGGAGGUACUGGCGGAGGCGCAUGUGGCGCGGGACCAGCAGACGCGACUCUGCGAGGUACUGGGCACCAAACGCUAUGCCGAAAGAUGGAAGCACAUCGUGGGCACCGAGGAGGGUCGAGCAGAGCUCCUUUCGUCCGCUGUGCGGCACCCCUUUUUCCCGGAGGAGUUUCUCUUGCUGCACAAGGCCGCCAUGGCCGAGCCUCUCACCAGCGGGCAGCCGGUCUGCGCGAGCUGCAAGUCCGCGUUGUUGCAAAGGCCUCUGAUGCUGCCUCGCUUUGCGCUGGCCAACGAUCUCUGGAUCGGACGCUGCCCGCUGCCGCUGCGAGACCUGCAAGAAGGCACAAAGAGGCUACUUCCGAUAAUCCGAGCCUGUGUGCAGGUCACUGUGCUUCAGCCGGCUGGUGUGGAGCAGGCGCAGCGGCAACGGGGCUUUAUAGGCAACAGCAUUUUCGUCCCGCAAGCCACACCUUCGAAGAUUCAGAAGGUGUUGCCGCCAAGCCCCGAAGAGAUCCAGUCCACCAUCUCCUACGUGUUGGUGGACAGCCAGAAGCGGGACCUACGCCGGGCCAGCAUGCUAUCUGCACCUCGGGCAGAGUAUGAAGCCGCCGUGAAGUGCUUGCAGACUACCUCCCUGUUCUAUGCGCAGUCGGUCUUGGAUCCCAGAGGCGUGGCAGAGAACAUUGCGGAGGACACGGCUGCGCCGGUUCUCAUGGACUGCGUCAUGGAAACCGAUGGUCAAAGCGCACUCGCGCAGCAGCUCUUGCAGACAGGUCCCGCUGACGCUCAGGGUCAAGAGGACGUGGAGUCUGACGUCGAGGACGAUCCCGCUACGGUUCGGGCUGCGGAAAGCGCUGGCUUGCCGGACUCAGGACACUUGCUAUGUUCUGUCAUUGGCAUGAACGACGCAGCAGACGAACGAGACAAGUGCAUCCGCUUGAGCAAGGAGCUGGAGAGCCUGGCGGAGGACAAAUGGCAGCAAGGAGCCAUGCGCAACGACGCCGAGAUGUUGCACGUGCAUCGUGCCAACAACGAGCUGAACGCUGCGGGCUCGUCCACGGAUGCUCCUGCUCCUCUCCUGGGACGGGAAGGUGCUUUCGAGCGCGGAGUCCUCAGACGCGUGCAGCGUGUCCAGCAGCACGCCAAGGACAUGGCGGGAGAGCGCCGGGUGCAGCAGCAGCAAUACGGCGUGAAGCCCGAGAAGCUGGUGGUACCAUCCGAGGAGCAUCCAAGCUCCAUGUUCGAUCCUGGAACCUGGGCCAUGGCGUACCCUGAUCUGUUUCCUUACGGCGAUGGUGUUCCCUUCUUGGUUCGGGAGACCAAGAUAACUGCGUUGGAGGUGUUCCAGUACCUAUUAUGCCGGGACGAGCUGAGCUACACUGGGCCCGGUGAAGCCAGCUACGAGCCACCGCAGCGCACCAGAUGGACAGCCUCCGCUUCUUUUCUGCCAGUCUGCUACGACGUCCAGCGUCGCCUGCAACUCUUGCGCAAGAGCAAGGCGCACGUGCAGCGCAAGGGCUUCAGCGAGCACUGCAACGUCAUUGCCUCGGUGGAGCCGGAAGCCCUGCUCAAAGCCAUUGCGCUGAAGGGGGAGAAGGCGGACAUCCGGGCAAUCAUGCAGAGCCCCGAGGUGGACCCGGCUUUGAAGAGAGCCCUCGGUGAUGUCCUCAUCACAACGGGCGACAUAGUCGGCAUGGAUGGCCAUCGUUCUCAGCUGCGUCACCGCGGGCAUGCCGCUGGAUGGCACUUCGGCAGCUCCACUCUGUUCGUGACGCCCAAUUUGGCAGACACCAGAGCAUCCUUGCUGCUCCAGCUCAACAGCAAAGCUUAUGCUUUGACUGCUGACUGGGUGGCAGAAAUGCCGAACCUGCCCACGCUGCCAGAGAUGCGCAGGACGCUUGCAUCAGACCCAGUGGCCCAGGCGAAGUUCUUCCACUUGAUGCUGGAAAACUUUUUCCUGCACGUCCUGGGCACCGUGGAGCCGCUGCGCGAGGAGAAGCUUCGCUCUCCGGCCACCCUUUUCUUUGAAGACGGCAUGGCGGCUUCGCUGUUGGGCGGGUGUUUUGGCGACCUGGCUUCUUACUCUGGCCCGCUGGAGACCCAAGGUCGUGGCUCGCUCCAUCCGCACAUUUUGCUGUGCCUCAUCGGCCACGACCUCACGGACCGGCUCUCUGCCAUCUUGGAUCGAGGCGCGCAAGGGCACCUCGUGAUCGAACUGGAGAGAUGGUCUCAGUCUGUCAAAGCUGCUGCCGAGCGCAUCCGUUACGACAGUCAGCUGACUCUGGCCGGACAGCUUGGACAGUCAUCCGAUGCCUUGCCGCUCAGUGAGCGGCAGCGUCAGUCGGCGGGAGCGCACUAUGAAGACCUGCCAACCCAGGCUGUGGAGCCGGACGGACAUGAAGUCCGUUGGACUGCUGCUGGCUGCUCUGGAGACUUGACGCUGACCGGGAGCUACACCACUCUGCGACCAAUCUACCUUCGGCGCUCGAGUGGCUUGUCCAGUGACGCCUGGAAAAAGUCUUUGGUGGAAGACUACCGCCGCCUCGUCAUUCAGAACCACUUUCACAGAUGCACCAAGUCCUGUCACAAGAACAACCUGAAGAAGAAACGCGUGGGCUGCAGGUUCGGAUGCAUGCACUUGGAGAUCAUGGCCUCAGACGAGCCGGGCGGCAAGGUCAAGAAGCUGAAGUACAAGGGCUGGCCUCGUGCGCGUGCAGCACACUUCAUGGCGAAUCUGUCGCCGCAGGACACGGACGUGUCGCGACAAGAAGCAGCCUGCAACGAAGUUCCGCACGUGUUCGUUCCGCAGCGGGACCAUCCGUUUGAAGGCAUGUCCCAUCCGACUCCACAGGUGACCAUGCGCUGCAACUGCGACGUCAAGUACCUGGGCCGUGGCAUCGCGUCCGAAGACUUCGAGAAGAUUUUCUUGUGCUUCGCGGCAGAAGGCGAUACGUUAGGUGCCUCUGGCGAUCGCCAAGCCCAGCGCAUUUUGAAGCGCAUCGUGGUGGACAUGGCCCGGGACAUGAUGGACGUGCAGUUCUACACUGGCGAAUACGCCAUGAAGAAGUUCGAAGUGGCCAGGGACAUGUUGCCGGAGUUGUAUGCUGGGCUCUGCAGGCUGAAGGAGCAACUUCAAGCGGAAGAAGCUCCGGACGCCAUUGCAUCCCAGCCGGCAAACACUGCCGAAGAGGCCUCUGCCAGUGUCCCUGCGGCGCCGCCCAGGAGACGACUGGCAGAGGCGCAGCUUCGAGCACACCGCGUGCUCACGCGUCUGGCGACCAGCAUGCAGCGCUGUGUGACCAAAGCCAAUGGAGAGAUGGCCUAUCAGCUCUUGUACCAACAAGAAGCCUACAUGUCCUACACCGGGUACCAGCUUUUCACCCGGUACAUCACAUGGGCAGUUCAGCGUUGCCGUGACGCGGACAUGGAAGGCGCGCUGACACAACAUCCUGACAUGGAGGUGAUGUCCCUGGAUGUCAGCGAGCCUCUGGUGCAAGAGCAGGUGGCUUUGGACGCUGUUGGCGUCGUGCAGGAGGACACGACAGAUGCUGCACCCGCACCUGGAAACGUCCGUCCGAGGUUCAUCACGGCCAAUCAGAAGGAUGACUACCUCCACCGUGGACCUGCUGGCCUGCUGGCCAACAUGAGUCUCCUGAUGUACUCUCGCUUCGUCUUCAGGAGAAAGCGUGAGCAUCGGCAAGUCGAUCGUUUUCAGUACUUCCCCUUCGACGAGCACUAUGUCAUGCACCGUGCCGGGUAUGUGCAGGAGCUCCGCGCAGCGGACGACAACGUCGUCGUGCCCGUGCAGUUUUAUUUACCUUCCGAGCAGAGCCAGCCAAACAAGUGCUUUCAAUGCCACGAUUUGCAGGUGCUGGAGAACAAGAAGCAGAUUCAUGGCAAAUUCACGAGCAGGCGCUUGGCCAGUCUCAGCACUGCGGCCAUCCGUGACGUUGUGGGCAUGCGGUCCUGGUUUCCCGACCCCGAGGAGGAGGACCCGAACCACUUCGCGCUUCAACAGCACUUGUGCUUCUUCAGACAGUGGGCUUUUGGACAUGUCUUCCGCAGAGUCAGCCAUGGUCGGGGCGAAGAUGCUUUUGCUGGCGCCGACUUGCCUCGCCUUCACGAGAAGAUAUCCGAUUUUUUGGGUGCAUGGCCUGGAUUUCACUUCUCGCAAGUGUCUUCACUGGAGCACUUUGCUAUGCUGCAGGACACCUGGCUGGAGCGUUUUCUUCUGUACCACGAGGCAAGAGGUGGCAGCUCAGCCCAGCGUCGCGCGGAGCGCUUCAAGUACAUGGGCGGCGCCUCUGGAGAUGACAGCGAGGAGGAGGCAGGUUCCGGCGCCGAUGGCCCGGUGGACAUUUUGGGCGAUGACGUGCCGGGGGAGGAGGAAGAGGAUGCCUAUGUCUACGCAGAGCGCAUGGAGCAGCCGCAGUACCCCGUGUCCUUGCAGUCACUGGAUGAGGUGCUGUUUCGGGAGCAAGACUGGAAGAAGGCGCUCCGUCGUCAAAGGAACCCCACCUCCAUCCAUGAGUCGCUGCAGAAGCUUCAUGGUGUGGUGGAGGCUGUCGGAGGGGUUCCUCGCCGCGCAGGCGCCGCUGUUGCUUCGACUGCGCAUGGUUUCGUGGCUGCGGGCGUGGAUCCAUCCAACACUCGGAGCACACUGGAAGCCCAGCAGAUGCUGCUGCAGUCCGUGGCGAUGGGCCAGGAAGACGAUGGGAGGAGGGAAGAAGACCAUGACGGAGAUGUCCAAAUGGCUUCUACGGAAAUGGAGGACACGGACCCUUUCAUCGUGCAGCUGAACUCGCAAGACCUUGCUCCGAAGGACUACGCUUGGCGUUUAGUCGUGGAGCACAAGCUGACCUGCCAGCAGAUCUAUGCCGUGGUGCCGGCGGUGCGUACCAUUCAGGAGAUGUACGAGUCCCGCACAAACCCUGCCGCACAUCUUGCAGACGGACAGGCCAGAACCUUGCACAAAGUGGCGAACGUGACGCCGCAAAGCAAGUUGAAGAGUCUCUGCGAGUGGCUGGAGACGGACGCUGCAGUGGAGGUAGAUGCGAACAAUGAGGAGACCGAGAGCAACGUCAGCGAGCUCGGCCGCCUCAUGUUCAAGUACUCCAUCCAGCAUGUCGUGCACUUCACAGGGACAGGGCGCUUCUCCACUUGCCAAUCGGGCAAGGCUGUCGACCAGGCCACGGAGCCGGAGCCGCUGAGCCCUGCCGAGUCGCAAGCUGCGCUGCAGGUGGUCAACAUGGGCACUUCUGGUUACUUGAUGGGCAUGGUGCCGCUAUUUCUGGGAAUGCAGGCGCGCGUCUCUGCGAUCAUGCCUGUGCCUCUUCUGAGCCGAGAGCUUCCUUGUGUGAUCCGCAGGAUCGACUUACAUCCCCGUGAGCCCAGACACGAGCCAGGCGCAGCAGCGGUGGUUUUGCGGUACCUGCCGCAGGCGGUGCUGGUGGAGGUGGAGGACGAGGAGUACAAGCAGUUUCGUGUGCCAGAAGGUGGCCUGCCCGCUGGUCACUUCUUGAUCGAGCCCCUGACGUCACCUCCCUGGAAGUUCAAGCUGGACACCCGUAAAAUCUCGGUGAAGCGGCGCCAGGUUCCAUUGGCGCCACGCAGAGUCUUGACGCACUACGGACUUCAAGGCGUCACUGCUCGAGACGGCAUGGUGGCAUUCCUAACGAAGGCCAGCUACCAGAGCCCUGCGGACUAUGUGUUGGCAGUGUACGUCAUGCUGAGCCGGGCUCGAAAACUAGAGGAUCUUUUCAUCGUGGACAUGCCCGAUAGAGACAUUUUCGAAGGCGCCCUGCGGCGUUUGAAUCCAACGCUUGUCACCCGAAUGGAAGAACUGCAGCGAAUGUCUGCGGAGAGUCUACGGGGCGCCAAGAAGGACGCCGCGUGGCUCAAAUGGUCAAUUUCCAACCAGUGA